GGAAUCUGCUCAAAUACAACAGUACGCUCCAAAUUCCGAGUCAUUUUGCCUUCUCCUUCAUCCAUAAAAAAUACACACUGCAAAUCUCACUUCUCCAGAAUUGCUUCUGCUUUACUUUUCCUUCUCUUCUUUCUCUCUCUCUCUCUCAUGUUUGCUUACCAUAUUCCAUCAAAAUCUAACCAUUAUUACCGUCACAUUAUCCUUUGGAUUGGAUAUUGGUCCUUCUAGUUUGUUGGAGCUGAGGAGAUAUGGAAGUGGAGCAAUCCGGGCCUGAUAAUCGUCCGAUGACCUUCGAUGAGGUGUCCAUGGAGCGGAGCAUGAACUUCAUAAAGGCAUUGCAGGAGCUGAAGAACUUGAGGCCUCAACUUUAUUCUGCUGCAGAAUACUGUGAAAAGUCGUAUCUUCACAGUGAACAGAAACAGAUGGUACUUGACAACCUGAAGGAUUAUACCGUAAGAGCACUUGUUAAUGCUGUUGAUCACCUUGGCACUGUGGCUUACAAGUUAAAUGAUCUUCUUGAACAGCAAACCAUGGAUGUUUCUAACAUGGAAUUAAAGGUGUCUUGUAUAGAUCAGAAACUUCUUACUUGCCGAGCAUAUGCGGACAAAGGAGGUCUGAAGCAGCAGGUCAUGUUGGCAAUCAUUCCUAAGCAUCAUAAGCACUACAUUUUACCAAAUUCUGUCAAUAAGAAGGUACAUUUUAGUCCAGUCAUACAGACAGAUGCUAGGCAUACUUAUUUUCAUACCAGAUCUCGUCUUCAGCCUUCAGGUGGCCCUGCAUCAAAAACUCUUUCUUGGCAUUUAGCCUCCGAGACAAAGUCUACUCUGAAAGGAAGUACACAGAGUACAGCAAGCAUUGAUAAUCCAACAACUUCUGGGAAAACUUUGGAGGCUUUCCACUUGUUAGAAAAUGAUGAUAGUUUAAGUAGAACAUCGUCAGUGGUCUCUGGCCCUGCAUCUAGUGCGCUCAUUCAGACAUUUGGUGUAACACAGAAGGAUCUAUUGGAGGGUUCCAAACCCAUUACAGCAUCAAGGUCAUUUGCUAAUCCAAGGCGUGAGAAUGUGCAUCCCACUGUUAGAAACAAAAGCGUGCUAUCAGCAUUCUUUGUGAAACCAAAAACAUCAAAGAUGAAGGCUUGAAACAAUGCAUAAAUCCUUGUCAAAUCAAGCCAAUGUCGCAAAUGUGUUAAUCAUCCCCCUUAAAAGAGUUCCCUGUAUCAAUACUAGCUGUUUCCUAUAUUUUCGGACAAAAAAAGUAGAUGUUUAAUGUAUCGGUAGUUAGUUAAUCGAGAUCCAUUCUUUUCUACUUUAAUCCUUUCAUUUGACUUCUUAAUGAUGAGAAGUUUUUUGAACGAAAUAUAUAUAUUUUUUUCUU